AUGGUCCCGACGCCAGUACAUAUCAAGCAUAUUCGUGGCCCAGGUCGAAGAAUCUCCUCUUACAAAGAUGAGCUUGUCAAGGUUCAGAGCCUCUAUCUCGAUCGUCGAUUCAAGCAGUGCAUCGGAUUGUGCGAACAACUGCAAAAGUCAGAUAUUCACCCGCUCCAUCAGGCUUUUCUCUGGUUCUACCAUGCUAUCUGCUACGAAUCCAUCGGUCUGAUGGCACAUGACUUUUCGAGCAAAAAGCUCCAGUUUCUAGGUUCAGCCAAGGAGAGUUUCAUUUUGGCCCUACAGAGUCUACCAUUGCCAUAUGUGUCCGCGGAAGGAGGACGGUACGAACAACCAGACCACUCUCCUCUGUCCCUGGUAUUUGCGACUCCAUGCGUACAACGGAUGCCGGCAGAAGUCGGAGAUGUGGCUUCCCCAAGCCUGCGCCCUGCAGAAAUUGCACAGUCAAUCUCAAGCGGAAGCAUCUACUCGACCGAAAACGCCAUCUCGGAGUCUUGUACCGCUGUCGAUUCUGACGAGCCCCUGGCAGAAAAUCUGCAAGCGACGUUCACACCUCGAACCCACAUGGCGCAAAAGGAAAGCUCAAAAUGCAACUAUUCCACAACAACACCAUGUACGCCCACGACGCACAAAUCGCGACUCAUUCAAAGCCUAAGCUCCACACAUGUCCUGGCGGAAGAACUCGUCCCAUCCCCUUUAUUCAGCCGAAAGCCCAAACGAGCCCGAACCACUCAGCUGACGGCUCAAACGCUCUCUGAUGGAGGGACACCCUUUCGAGUGAGCGGACAAUCUCUUGGGGAUCGUAUGCCGGGCGGGACGGAGCAGCUUUGCCUGGAUACAGAGUCUUCGGACAGCAGUCCCACUCUUCGUCAACUUCCUCCCCUGCCAUUUAAUCAUAAACCAAGCUUCAAAAUUCAAGGUGCCCGACUCGUCCAGAUUCCUUCCCCUAUGCGCCAGACUGCUGUUCAAACCCUCAUUGCCAAAUCUGAAGGCUUUCUGCCUUUUCCUCCGUCUCCACUGUUACAACCGCUACCCUGGACAUCCCACGCAGACACCGAGACAUUUUCAAUGUCACCAGGAACCCCACGCUUCAAGCUCGUCCGUGACGCAUUCAGUCCGAGUCUCCACAAUGAGCAUCUAGAAGGCUACCUCUCCUCGGUCGGUGUAACCACAUACAAUACGUCACUGGUGGAUUUCCGGACCCAAUUUCGCAAGCACAUCACUUACCUGGAUGAGGAAAUGUGUCGUGUGCGGAAAGCACGGGGCGAGCAUGCUGCAGCCAAGACACUCUCCAAGACUCGCCUUGCGAGUUAUUGGUCAUUCGAACACGUCGCUUCUGCGUCAAAAUCCAAGUUUACAGAGACACAGCAGCAUGGCCGGGGUUGUGGCCUGGGGGACAACGAAGAUCCCCAAGUCAAAACAAAAAAAGAGAGAAUCGAGAGAUUAGGACGUAAAGGGUGGAGAGUUCGAAAAGAAGACCACGGAUUCAAAGGAAUAGAGUGGUAUGAAAAUCUUAGGAGCCGAGUAGAAGUCGAAUUGGAUCGGUAUGCGAUGAGAAGGUUCGAGUAA